AUGAAAUUUCCAAUCGAGACGCCAAGAAAGCAGGUGAACUGGGAUCCUAAAGUGGCCGUACCUGCAGCAGCUCCACCAGUGUGCCAGCCCAAGAGCGCCACUAACGGGCACCAUCCGCUUCCCCGCCUCUCCAUUUCCUCCCGAGCCACGGUGGUAGCCAGGAUGGAAGGCGCCUCCCAGGGAGGCCUGCAAACAGUUAUGAAGUGGAAAACAGUGGUUGCCAUCUUUGUGGUUGUAGUGGUCUACCUCGUCACAGGUGGCCUUGUCUUCCGGGCGUUGGAACAGCCCUUUGAGAGCAGUCAGAAGAACACCAUCGCCUUGGAGAAGGCAGAAUUCUUGAGAGAUCAUAUCUGUGUGAGCCCCCAGGAGCUGGAGACAUUGAUCCAGCAUGCGCUCGAUGCUGACAACGCAGGAGUCAGCCCAGUAGGAAACUCUUCCAACAGCAGCAGUCACUGGGACCUUGGAAGUGCCUUUUUCUUCGCUGGAACUGUCAUCACGACCAUAGGGUAUGGGAAUAUUGCUCCCAGCACCGAAGGAGGCAAAAUCUUUUGUAUUUUAUAUGCCAUCUUUGGGAUCCCUCUCUUUGGUUUCUUAUUGGCUGGAAUUGGAGACCAACUUGGAACCAUCUUUGGCAAAAGCAUCGCAAGAGUGGAAAAGGUUUUCCGAAAAAAGCAAGUGAGUCAGACCAAGAUCCGGGUCAUCUCAACUAUUCUGUUCAUCUUGGCUGGCUGCAUCGUGUUUGUGACGAUCCCUGCUGUCAUUUUUAGAUACAUCGAAGGGUGGACAGCCUUGGAGUCCAUUUACUUUGUGGUGGUCACUCUGACUACAGUAGGCUUUGGUGAUUUCGUGGCAGGGGGAAAUGCUGGCAUCAAUUACCGAGAGUGGUAUAAGCCGCUGGUGUGGUUUUGGAUCCUCGUCGGCCUUGCCUACUUUGCAGCUGUCCUCAGUAUGAUCGGAGACUGGCUGCGGGUUCUAUCCAAAAAGACGAAAGAAGAGGUGGGUGAGAUCAAAGCCCACGCAGCUGAAUGGAAAGCUAAUGUCACCGCCGAGUUCCGGGAAACGAGAAGGCGCCUCAGCGUUGAGAUCCAUGACAAGCUGCAGCGAGCAGCCACCAUCCGCAGUAUGGAGCGCCGGAGGCUGGGCUUGGACCAGAGGGCCCACUCGCUGGACAUGCUCUCCCCUGAGAAGCGUUCUGUCUUUGCAGCCUUGGAUACAGGCCGCUUCAAGGCCUCAUCCCAGGAAAGCAUCAACAACCGACCCAACAACCUGCGCCUGAAGGGGUCAGAACAGCUCAACAAACAUGGGCAAGGCGCUUCUGAGGACAACAUCAUCAACAAGUUCGGGUCCACCUCCAGACUCACCAAGAGGAAAAACAAAGAUCUCAAAAAGACCUUACCCGAGGAUGUUCAGAAAAUCUACAAAACCUUCCGGAAUUACUCUCUGGAUGAAGAGAAGAAAGAGGAGGAGACAGAAAAGAUGUGUAACUCAGACAACUCCAGCACAGCCAUGCUGACAGAAUGUCUACAGCAGCAAGCUGAGAUGGAGAACGGAAUGGUACCCACGGACACCAAAGACCAGGGGCUGGAGAACAACUCAUUACUUGAAGACAGAAACUAA